AUGGCUUCCAAGGCAAACGAUCAGCCGAGCCCCGCCGACGUGGUGAUCGAGCCCGCCGACCUCCGCUUCGAGGUGUCUCUCUCGCGCGCCUCCAUUCAGCACCUCGCGCUGCGCAACCUCGCCUGCGGCCGUCCGGUGGCCUUCAAGAUCAAGACGACGAACCCGAAGCGGUACCUCGUGCGCCCAAACGCGGGGAUCGUAUGGGCCGAGGGCGCGGCCACCGUCUCGGUCCAGGUGGGCGUGCAGAAGGCGCUACCGCAGCCCGGCGACCCAAAGUCUCGUGACAAGUUCCAGGUGCUCACUCUGCCCCUCGACAAGGCCCUCACCGAAGAGAUGCUUGCGGCGCACGGGCAGGGGAACGAGGCGCUGCGCGCACGGGUCGCCGCGCUGUGGGCGUCGGACGCCGCAAAGGCUGCCUGGGUCGACAAGGUCCGCUCCUCGCUCGUCGCCGCUGACUCCGGAGGCGUGCGCGGCCUCUCCAUCCCCGAGGAGCGGCGUGUGUCUCGUGGCGUAGGGUCGCGAGACGCCCUCUCGCCCCGCGACGCGAUCUCGUCGUCGCCGCUCGUCGACCAGGCGACCGCCGCGGCGCUGCGGAAGGCGCUCGAGCAGGAGCGCGCCAUCGCCGCCGGCUUGCGGCAGGCUCGCGCGUCGCCCUCCGCCGCGUCCGGGGCGCCCUCGUCGCAGAGCGGCGGCAUUUCGGCCACCACGGUGGCCCUCAUCGCCCUCGCCGCUGCCGCCGCCGGCGCGCUGCUGCCGCUGUUCCUCUCUCCCGCCGCGUCGCUCGACGCGCCGCCGCUCGACGCGCCGCCGCUCGACGCCGGCGCCGGUGGUGUGUGA